AUGGCACCAUCAGCGACUUCAGUUCUACUGCUUAUCGCAAUUUACUCCAUUUCUAGUGCCGUCGCUGAUCCGUGCAUAUUCCGUGAAGGGCCCAACCAGGUGAUAUAUGGAAUUCGAAAUGGUAUAGUGCAUUUUCGCGUGAUCCUUCAUGGAGUUCCAUAUUCAGCAUCGGGAUGGACUGGUAUUGGAUUCGGAAGAGGAAUGAUCGAUGGUAUUGACACUAUUGUCAUUCGAGUCGCCAAUGGCCAAGUGAGAGUAACCGAUGAGUACGUUCGUGGCUACGCUGCAUCUACCCCAGACAUGAUCAAUAACGUUAUGGUGCACAGUAGCCGAAUGGACGGCGAUACGGUAUCGGUGACGUUUUCAAGGCCAGUGAAUUCUGUCGAGUACCCCUAUGAUAGUUCACUUUUGGGAUGUCAGCCUUGGCAGUUCGUGAUCGGCUUAAAUCGCAUGGGGCCAAAUGGUGAGAUGCGCCAUCAUAGGAUUACGCCUGUUCAUCGGACUGUGUGCAUCGAUGAGUGCAGGAUCUAA